GAGGUGCUGCGCGGCCGCUCCGGCAACCAGGCGGCCGGCCGCUCACCGCCGACCCCAUGGCGCUGCCCGACCCCUUCUGGGCUCGCACCCGCGCGGCGUUAGGGCAGCUGGAGAGGGCUCUGAGCUGCUCCCGCUGCGCCGGCAUGCUGCGGGAGCCCGUGUCCCUGGGGCAGUGCGACCACGUCUUCUGCCUAUCUUGUGUGGGUGACUGUAUUGGCACAGAAUGCCCGGUGUGUUGCGUACCAGCCUGGGUGCAAGAUGCACAGGUAAACCGGCAGCUGGAUACCAUGAUUCAGCUUUGCAGCAAACUGCGGCAUCUGCUGGGGGCAGACACCUUGGAUUCGACGGCAGAUAUGUCCACAUCAGCUGACUCAGGCUUUGAAAAAAAGAGUAAGAAGGAACAGAUAAAAAUGUGGUUCAGCCCAAAGAGUAGGAAGAUUCGAUGUGUCCUGACCAAGAGACAGCCUGACAUCAAAAGUGAUGCCCUCUGCCAAGACACAUCUUCAGUUUAUGAUUUCUUUCCUUCUCCUCCUCACAAAAAGCCCUCCAAAACAACAAAGAAGCUCAUGCCGACACAUAAGAAGAAGAAGAAGAAAAUUCUAGCAGACAUUAACAAAGUGUGGAGCUUAGAGAAGCCUGAGCAGAAAGGAGGAGUUGAGAAGACUCCCAAGGAAAAGCAUGUUACCAUCUGCAGUCAACCAGUAGUCCUGGACCCUCCAGAACCAAACAGCCCUGAAGAGACACUUCAGCAGGAGUCUGUAAAGGAAGCUGACUCCAUAAAAAGUACAGAAAAUGUGGAGAUACCACCACAAGUAAAAUCCUCAGAGAAGAAGGAUGACAGUGAGGUGAUGUGCCCUGCACAAAACAGCAAGGAAAAAAGCAAUGCUACAGAAACUUCAUUGUCAAUAGAAAAUGAGGCUACACCUUUAAAACGUGGAAGGGAGCAAUCCAAACUUCCAGUUACGUCUCAGUCUAAAAGACAAAGACUAAGUGAGAGGAGCAGUAUUAGGAAGUCAGUGAGGCAGGCAGAUUGUGCAGAGGAGGUACCUCUGGGUUGUCCGAACUCCCCAGCAACAGAGCACAAAACACCAGUUCAGAUUUCUUCCUCUACAUUGAAACUUGCCAACACUGUAAUGAAAACAAGAAGCUCUGCAGCUUCUUCACUUUCAGAAUCUCCUUCUACCUCACCUACUUCUAAGACUUUUAAUCAAAUAGGAAUAUCACACAUUCCUUCUGUGUUGAAGUCCCCUGGCAGUAACACAAUUGCCAGAAGAAACUACAAAGGAGAGACUCUGCUCCAUGUUGCCUCCAUCAAGGGUGACUUAGCAGCUGUUGAACAGUUGCUGAAAAAUGGGGCAGAUCCUAAUGUUAAAGAUAAUGCUGGCUGGACACCACUGCAUGAGGCAUGUAAUCACGGGCACACAGAAGUGGUAGAGCUGUUGCUACAACACAAGGCGCUGGUGAACACUACAGGGUACCAGAACGAAUCGCCGCUUCACGACGCUGCCAAGAACGGGCACGUGAGCAUUGCUGAGCUCCUGCUUCUCCAUGGUGCUUCCUGUGAUGCGGUUAACAAAUUUGGUCUGCGGCCUGUGGACUAUGCACAAAGUGAAAAGAUGAAGUCUGUGCUAAUGUUAGCAGUGAAGAAUGAAUCAUUUUCACUUAAACAACCCUCUGAUGAGUCACUGAGCCCCAGCCAGCCAAGAGAUGGACCAGUUGGUAUACUGGGUAGCAAUCUUAGCUUGAAGCAACAGAAAUUGCUGAACAAACUUGCCAUAGUUCUGAAGGCUCAAAGGCAUACUGAAUUUAACAGCAGAGUAACUCAUCUUGUUAUCCCUGAUGUUCCCAUGCCAAGUACUGUCAAAUGCAUGAUGGCUGUUCUAACUGGAUGUUGGGUCCUCAAGUUUGAAUGGGUACAAGCCUGCCUACAAACCACAGUACGAGAACAAGAAGAGAAGUACGAAAUCCAAGGCGGCCCACAAAGAGGCCGGCUCAACAGAGAACAGCUGCUGCCAAAGUUGUUUGAUGGAUGCUACUUCUAUUUUUUGGGAUCUUUCAGCCGUCACCAGAAGAGUGAUCUUGUGGAGCUGGUCAAAGCAGCAGGAGGACAAAUUCUGGUUAGGCAGCCAAAACCAGACAGUGAUGUGACACAGACAAUCAACACUGUGGCUUACCAUGCAGAAUCCACUUCUGACCAGAGAUUUUGCACUCAGUAUGUAAUCUAUGAUGUGGCUUCUAAAUUCAAGCCAGAGAAAAUUCGUCAAGGCAAAGUCUGGAUGGCCCCCUCCAGCUGGCUUAUAGACUGUGUGAUGUCAUUUCAGCUCUUGCCUGUAAAAUGA